AACCAUUUCUAGAAAUGAUAAAGAAUUGAGCGCUUUCCAUCAGUAUGACUGCUAACAACUAGUUUUACUAGGGGCAAUAAAUACAUCUGCAGGUCAUCUUAUCUGAUAAUCAAUCAUAAUCAGAUAUCAGCACUUACUGCGCGCAACAGCAACUUUUCGAGCCAUCACAAUGGCCGCAAGCUUUACGCUGAAGCAAGUCCCUCUGGGCCUUCUGCGGCGCCAAACCCCAGUCAAUUCCAUCACAAAACGCUUCGCAUCAACUCUUUCUCAGACUCCAGGCGGCUACCCUCUCUACCCAUCCGUCAGCCAACUCCUCCUCCAAAAGGGAAUCCCCGAAUCCGAAGUCUCCAAAAUCCCCGCCACAGGACCAAAAGGUCGCUUACUCAAGGGCGAUGUUCUUGCAUAUCUCGGCGAAAUCACCGCGGGUUAUCCGGCCGAACAAGCAGCGCGCAUUGAGAAGAUGGGACAUUUAGAUCUUAGUAAUAUCAAGAUUGCGCCUCCUCCAGCACCACCAGCGCCUGCUGCGGCAGAAGAGCAGGUUCCAGAGUUGCCGUCAGAUAUUUCAAUUGCCGUUUCGAUUUCAUUGGAAUCUGUUCUCUCGACUCAGAAACGUAUCAAGGAUGCUAUUGGCGUCACUGUCCCAUUAUCAACAUUCAUCGCUCGAGCCACCGAAGUCGCGAACGGUGAACUCCCGCGCUCAGCAGCCUCAAAACCAUCACCAAGCGAACUAUUUGAUGAAUUACUCGGCGCUGCCCCCAUCAAAUAUACACGCGGAAACUACGUGCCGGAAAUUAAUACCGUGCCUCUCGAGGAAUUCGAAACUAUUGACGAGGACGUGACCAGCCAGCAAGAGGAGGUCGAUAUAAUUGAUAUCCUGGCGGGGAAUGUCUCGCCUCGACGAAGCAGUAGCAGCAGUAGUUAUGCUGCGGCCACAACCCCCGCUCCAUCUGCACUUAAUGUAUUCAGUCUUACAGUCCCAGCUGGCGAGGAGAAGAGAGCGAAGACUUUCUUGGAUCGUUUGAAUACGGUCUUGACUGUUGAUCCUAGUCGAUUGGUUCUUUGAGCGGAAUAUUGGUUAAAUGAACUGUUGUUUUAAUAGACUAAAAGAAAGGUGGAAUAAUACCUUCUUUAUGUACUGACUUAGUUUUCCUUCCUUGUCUGUCUUUUUUUUUGUUGAAUUGUAGAGCAUAUUGAUCAUGAAAUCUCAAUCGGUGGACUUUACCAAAAUU